UUCCAGACUUGUCCACGGUGCCCCCGGGGGUAGGAGACCCAUGGAUAAGUUUCGGACGGUGCUAGACCUGCACCUCAAGCAUCACAGCACGCUGGGCUACGGCCUGGUGACCCUCCUGACGGCGGGCGGGGAGCGCCUGUUCUCCACCGUCGUGUUCCAGUGUCCCUGCAGCGCCACCUGGAACCUGCCCUACGGCCUGGUCUUCCUGCUGGUGCCGGCGCUGGCCCUCUUCCUGCUGGGCUAUAUGCUCAACGCGCGCACCUGGCGCCUGCUGACCGGCUGCUGCGCGCGCGGCGGCCGCACCGGGAGCUGCAGCGCGGGGCUGCGGGAAGCACUGGUGUGCGCGCAGCUCAGCGCCGCCGCCGCGGUCGCGCCGCUCACGUGGGUGUCCGUGGCGCUGCUCGGGGGCGCCUUCUACGAGUGCGCCGCCACCGGGAGCAGCCCCCUGGCGCGGCGCCUGUGCCGGGACCGCGAGCCCACCUGCGAGGCCCAGCUGCCGCUGGCGCCCUGCCACCAGGCCCAGGCGCCCGACGCGCAGGACCUGCUGAAGGAGCUCAAGGCCCAGUCGCAGGUGCUGGGCUGGAUCCUGAUAGCAGUUGUCAUUAUCUUCCUUCUGAUUUUUACCUCUAUCUCCCGAUGCCUAUCUCCAGUUAGUUUCCUGCAGUUGAAAUUCUGGAAAAUCUAUUUGGAACAGGAGCAGCAGAUCCUUAAAAGUCAGGCCACAGAGCAUGCAAUGGAAUUGGCAAAAGAGAAUAUUAAAUGUUUCUUUGAGUGCGCACAUCCAAAGGAAUACAACACCCCCACCAUUAAAGACUGGCAGCAGAUUUCAUCACUAUAUACUUUCAAUCCAAAGGAGCAGUACUACAGCAUGUUGCACAAAUAUGUUAACAGGAAAGAGAAGAGUCAUAGUAUGAGAUCUACCGAAGGAGAUACAGUGAUUCCUGUUCUUGGCUUUGUAGAUACACCUGGUAUGAACACUACUGCUGAGCUAUGACCUUAUUAAUGAAUAUGGGGAAAGUUCUUUUGAGUUUUCGCUUCAUUAAAAAAACCACAAACUUUGGCGCACCUGGGUGGCU